CGGAGCUUAACAAGCUUAAACUAGUCCAGGUGCCACUUACUUUUCUCAACUCUCCCCACAAGCACACGCACUCCACGCUCUCUCCACGCACUCGUAUCCACCCCUGUCAAACACAUCUAAGUUAAUUGCGGUAAUCUCAGGUGCUUCAUCCAAAGUGUUGAAUCUGGAACGAACAAUAAUUACGAUGACAAAGGCAAUAUAUUCGGACUGGUGCUAAAGAAACCGCGAGCCUCUACAUUGUGUCUUUGCGAGUUUUACAGUACAAAAUAUUAAAACGAAAUUAAAUUUGGAGAAAUGUGACGAGUGAAUAUAUAUGUUUAACUUGCAGCAAAGCCCAAGACACCUAAAUAAUUACAAGGUGAGGGAAGGCGGACAGUGAGUGUGGGAGUGUGAAAAAUCUAUCAACUAGGACCCCAGACACCAAUCGGCAAGAUGUGGGAAAAACUCAUGAGAGAUAUAAAGAUCAACUUUUUGUCUUCAGACUUGAUGCCCUUGAAGUUUCUCUUCUUCAUGCUAUAUGCUGCGAACGCUACUCUGUACCCGUAUCUGGCGGUGCACCUGCAGGCGCUGGGGUUCGGGGCAGACAAAGCCGGGGUGCUGCUAGCCAUCACACCUCUCGUAGCCAUCAUGGGACCCCCAGUUGCUGGAGCUGUCGCAGACAAGUUGGGCAACUUUAAGUUGUUCUUCUCUGGAGUGUUGACGAUGACAGGAAUGAUGUCGCUGUUGCUGCUGUUGAUCCCCCAGGUGCCCAUCCCACCAGGUGUGGCCCUCACUCUCAUCACCGACCACCACGAGUCUGAACACCCCAGCGGCCAUGAUAUCCACAAGCUGGCGCAAGUCCUGCCUAAGGAGGAGACGGGGCACUACGUGGACGCCAAAUACCUGCAGUUCAUCGUCAUCACCAACCAGACGGGCUGUGACUUCUACGACGAAUACCAGACCUCCAUGGACGGCAUCAAUCAUAUCAAUAUAGGACACGCGGCGCCCAUGGCCACAGUCAAUAUUACUUGCAUUCUCAAGGCCAAGAACUUCUCCCUCCUGGCAGUCACUACCCACCACCCGCUCUUUUGUCCAGACAACGUGCCUCUUCUGCCUCUCUCUAAGGGCGCCGAGGACCUCCUGCCGGAGAUACUCGUCGACUACAACACGUCAGGACUAAACAGGACGGUGAACGGAAGUGUGGCGGAGACAGACGAGGAUGCAUGGUGGCGCAGCGGGUGUAAGGUAGAGGUACCGGGGUUGUGCGAACCUCGCCACUCUUCAUACAUAGGUGCUGAGAAUCUCAGUUUCUGGACUUACCUGUUCUCCCGAAGUAUCCUUAACGGUGCCCUCAACGCCGCCUUUGCGCUCUUCGAGGGAGCCACACUCUCCCUACUUAAAGAACACGGCGGAGACUACGGUUUACAGAGGGUGUGGGGCUACAUCGGGUGUAUGGUGUUCACUCCCUUCUCCGGCUGGCUCAUCGAUACCAUGAGUUUUGAUAUCAAUCAUCCUGACUUCAGACCAGCCUUCUACCUCUUCGUGGGGUUGCAGAGCCUGGCAGGUCUGGUGGCGCUCUCUGUCGACCUCAAGUUCAGGACACCGUGUGACCACGUCAUCAAAAAUAUCUGGAUGCUCAUGCACAACCCGGAGGUCAUCAUGCUCUUCGUUGCCAUGAUGCUCGCUGGGGCGUUCUUCGGAUUUCUGGAGGCUUUUCUCUUUUGGUUCUUGGGUGACCUUGGAGCCUCACGCUCUCUCAUGGGCUUGACAGUGACCAUGGGUGCGGCAUCAGCCAUACCAUUCCUCGUCUUCAUGUCUUCCAUCAUCAACAAAUUUGGCCACCUCGGUGUCAUCGCCUCAGGCUUCAUUAUGUACGCCAUCAGGUUUGCUGGCUACGCCUCCAUCUACAACCCUGUGAGCGCCCUCUACUUUGAGGCUUUGGAAGGUAUAACCAUUGGUCUCAUGCUGUCAGCUGGGAUGACAUACGCUAGUGAACUUUGCUCCACCAAGAACAUUGUCUCCUUACAGGCACUCUGUGGGACACUUUACUACGGAGUUGGUAAAGGCCUGGGCAGCGUUGUUGGAGGUUACAUGUACUACCACCUGGGAGCUCGGAAGACCUUCCGCAUGAUGACAGUGGCCAGUCUACUCAGUGCCAUCAUCUUCCUAGUCUUCCAAAUAUACAUCCAGCAGCGCAACCGUCUUCGUGAGCUUAAUCAAUCGGAAAAGGAGAAGCUUUUACUUGCAGAAGACGCCGUAGAAAUUAUCAAGCUAAAAAUUCCCAAGGAGAAGAAAAGCAAGGACAAGAAAUCGAAGAAACGUAAGGACGGGAAGCGAGGAAGCAUUCAGAUCGACCCUAAAGAAAACGGCAUGUAUGAACUUCGUAGAGUAACUCUGGUAGAUGUGGAUACGCAGACUGACCCAGUGCAGUUUGCUGCUGCAAUUGCAACUCCUGAGACUGACGACGAUGAUGACGACUGUUGGGAUGAACUAAGUAAUUCAAGCAUCAGUAUCAAAAAUUGAUCAACAUACUCGGAUAUAACAAAUUCCUUAUAUAACUAUGUAACUUGAUCCAGAGGACAGCGUAUCUAAUAUAGGUAAAGUAUUGUAUAGUAGCAAGUGAAGAGGCGUAUUUUGAAUAUUAAUUAGUGUAGAUGUGUAAUUAUUUGAGUUGGCAGUGGAGGUUGAGUUGUAGCUCUUGAACCUGUCUCUGUUAUGGAGUGACUGAUGUGAAUUUAUUGUUUGUGUGCGUGUGUAUCUGUGUGUACUUACCAAGAUGAAUUUAUAGGGGUUGAACUCCACCUCUGUUAGUUACCAUUUUGUCCAAGGCACAUGUCAAUUCGACACUAGGCCUGUUGUAUAUGAGUGCGUGCGUGAGUGCGUGUGUGUGUGUGUGUGUGUGUGUGUGUGUGUGUGUGUGUGUGUGUGUGUGUGUGUGUGUGUGUGUGUGUGUGUGUGUGUGUGUGUGUGUGUGUGUGUGUGUGUGUGUGUGUACAUACUCACCUAACUGUACUCAACUAGCUGUAUAGCCCUUGUGGCUUAGCGCUUCUUUUUGAUUAUAAUAAUAAUGUACUCAACUAAUUGUGGUUGCAGGGGUCGAGAUCUGUGUGUGUGUAAAGGGUCAACGAUAAUGACAACUAUAUUUCAUGAUUUCAACUGUCUUUAUCACUUUAUUUACAUGUCAGUGUUGCAGUGUGGUAAUAGAGUGUGAGUUUUUCCUCUACACACGCUUGGGAAACAUCUUAACGGGCAGUUGUGUGAAAGCAAUAUUUUGUAUAUUAAUUCACUUAAUACUUUUAGUAAAUUUUAAUUUCAUGAAGACAAAAGAUUGUGAAAAAAAACUGGUCAGUCAAAACCAAAGUUCUUAUAUAAA